CCGCGCAGAGCCGGAGGAUGGCCAGCUGCUGCUGCUGCCGCUGCUGCUGCUGAGAGUUGGGGACGCGCUACCCGCCACCAGAAGCUAUCAACACAGCUGCGCCUGAUAGGCACCAGCCCAUAAUUAUCCCGAGCCACACAAAAACCCACUGGGACUACAAAUAGCACUGUUCGGGACAAGUCGCUGCGUGGAAUCUUUUUAUUUAUUUAUUUUCCUCUAUUUGUGCUCUUUCCUCAGAGGACGACAGGUAAACAUGGGCAGCGUUGGUAUUUGGGUUGUGGCUGUUCUGCUGGGAACUCGGGGAUACUGGACUGCUGAGGGGCACAGGAACAGCCAACGAGGCAGCUUGAAUACACACAGCUCCUACCAGGAGUCCCAUUUCAUGGAGAGGGAAAAAGCAGACGGGAGCAUCGAUCAAUCUCAUUCUGAUGCAGAUGAGGAUCCCUGUCAUCGGACCUACUGCGGUCGAGGCCGACAGUGUGUGCUGAUGGCAGAAACUGGGCGCGCAGAGUGCAUUUGCCAGGAAAAAUGUCGGCCCUCCUUUGUGCCUGUGUGUGGCUCUGACGGCAGGUUUUAUGAGAACCACUGCGAGGUUUAUCGCACAGCCUGUCUGGAGAGGAGACGGAUCUACGUGGUGCACAGCAAAGACUGCUUCUUCAAAGGCACUGCAUGCACUAUGUCAGAGUACAACAAGCUAAAGAGCACCCUGUUGGAUAUGCAACCAAAACUACUGAGGAGUGGAGAGCAGACCCAGCAAAGGGACAUGGAGCAGAAGAGGGAGUUGGUGGACACAAUGUUUAAAUACUUGGAUGUAAACAAUGACGGCAGGCUACUUAGCGAUGAAUUGGAAAAGAUCUCGAUGAAGGAGCAUCUGGAGAGCAGUCUUUUGGAAUGCACCAUGCAAGACCUGCUUCGUUAUGAUGACUACAACAAUGACAAACAUCUGAGCCUUCAUGAGUUUUACACAGCUUUCCAAGUUGUCCAACUAAGCCUGGCGGAGGAUCAGCGAAUCACCACCUCGACUGUAACAGUGGGCCUCAGUGCUGUUCUCACCUGUGCCAUCCAGGGGACGCUGCGUCCACCCAUCAUCUGGAAAAGGAAUGGAAUCAUUCUAAACUUCCUCGAUCUGGAGGAUAUUAAUGACUUCGGAGACGAUGGCUCCCUGUAUAUCACUAAGGUGACAACAAUACACAUGGGAAACUACAGCUGCCAUGCUUAUGGCUAUGAAGACCUCUAUCAGACUCAUGUGCUGCAGGUGAAUGUGCCUCCAGUGAUUCUGGUAUACCCAGAGACGCAGGCCCAGGAGCCCGGAGUUUCCGCCAGCCUCCACUGCCAUGCCGACGGCAUUCCGAAUCCAAAACUUGUCUGGCUAAAGAACGGCAUGGAUCUCCAGCUCAGCUCCUCCUCACAACUUUCCCUUAUAGCAAAUGGUAGCGAGCUCUUCAUUGCGAGUGUGCGUUACGAAGACACCGGGGCCUACACGUGCAUCGCCAAGAAUGAGGUGGGAGUGGACGAGGACAUCUCCUCUCUCUUUGUUGAAGACUCAGCCAAGAAAACUCUUGCAAACAUCCUUUGGAGAGAAGAAGGGUUGAGCGUGGGAAACAUGUUCUACGUGUUUUCCGAUGAAGGUAUCACAGUCCUUCAGCCCAGUGAAUGUGAAAUACGUAGACACAUAAAGCGGACAGAGAGGAUUGUCGCCACUUAUGAGGAGAUGUGCCCUAAAGGUGAGGGAGUGUCACCCCAGCGCUGUGUGUGGUCCUCAGCUGUCAAUGUCAGGGAUAAGUACAUCUAUGUGGCCCAGCCAUUUCAAAGCAGGCUUCUGGUUGUCGAUAUACAGGCCCAAAAAGUGGUUCAGGCAGUAGCAACAGAUUCGUUUCCAGUGAAGAUGCUCUAUGACAAGUCACAUGACCAGGUAUGGAUUCUUACAUGGGGGGACAUGGACAAAACACACCCAACACUCCAGGUAAUUCCACAAGCCAGUGUUGGUGAAGUUCAUCAUGCCAUUCGAACAACCUUCCAAAGGGUGAAUGACUUCUUUAUCCCUCCGACUAACCUCAUUAUAACUCAUGUGAGGUUUGCAUUUGUCUUCCUCAAAAAUGAACCAGCGGUCCACAAGAUUGAUCUGGAGACCUUCCACCGUGUCAAAACCAUCAGCCUGAAGAACUAUAGCUGCAUACCUGAAAGCAUGGCCUAUACACACCUGAGCGGUUUUUACUUCAUUCAGUGUCAGAGCAAGAGUCUUCUGCAUUCCCCAUCCCAGCUCCUCAUCGAUAGUGUGACAGACGCUGUUGUUGGUCCAAAUCAGAAUGUAACAGGUCGGGCUUAUGUGUCACCAGACGGUCGCUACAUUGUGACACCGGACCCAUGGAGCUCCAAGCUGACGGUACAGACAGUGUCAUUCCAGGGGGAGCUGAAUCUGAACCGAGAGAUAGACGAGCCAAUUAAUGUUUCUGAUAUGGUUUUCCAGCCUUCUUUCACCGAAUCAAACCAACAUGUGGUUGUGGCAGUCUCCGGGUCGGGCGCAGAUCUUUUGUUUGCUGAUCUGUCAUCUGGCCACACAGAGGUUCUCCGGAGCCUCAAAGAGCCUCUCUCCCCCCAGGCCUGGCCUUGGGGGGGGCCUAACCGAGUGAUAGUCUCCAGUGGGUUGUUCGGACAGUACCUGGUGACACCAUCGGUUGAGUCCCUCUUCAUCCUGAAUGGCAAACAGAGAACACCUCACUGUGAGGUAUCAGACAUCAAAAGGGCCAACACAGUUGUCUGGGUUGGAGAGGUAUGAGUAAAAAAAGAAAGUGGAAACUGUAUACUUAGAAUUAGAAGCAAAAUGAGAAAAGGAAAAAUCAGGCCAAAUUACCUUUCAUUAAGAUUGAUGUGAACAUAAGCUGAAGCCCCAAGGUUGGGACUGAGCUAGAGGGGAAACAUACUUGAGUUUGUUCUAACAAAAGUACACCUACAAAUAGAGAACAUUUGAGAAAAUCUGUUGUGAUAUUGCUAUUGGGAGAAAGUGUCAAUGCUGUCAGUGCAACAGUGAUCUAUGUGCACUUAACUAUACAGAAUUGUACAUUAUUGCACUUCCUUCCAUGUUAUCACAGCAAAUAGGUACAUGAAGAGGCGAAAGUAACAACUAUGAACUAUGCACAAAACUCACUUUUUUUUAAGAAUAAAAAGCUUUCCAGUUUUGUCAAUCUCAUGUUUGUCGUUUUCACCAGUGCUGCAUAUAGUCACCACAAAGAGUCUGUCUUGUCUGCCUCUAGUGUGUAGUGUUCUGAGUCUUUUUAAAUGCUAACUGCAACAUCCGUUCACCUGCCUUUGUCAUGGUGUUGUACUGUACUCUCUCUAAAAGCUUUCAUUCUUAUACUGACAGAUGUCGGUUUCAUGAAUUACGUAAUCCCCUCUAUUUUUAUUGCCAAUCCAAAGAGUCCAAUUGGUCCAUUACUCAACUAUGGAUAUUUCGUUCUCAGAGGACACAAAAAGUACUUUGAGUGACUCUACAAUGGUUGAAUCGCUUCCCUGGUGUCACUCAUGUUUAUUUUAAGUCUGAAGCACAGCUCUGAUUUCUGAAGCCUAAAAACACCACUUAGCAGAUCCCCCUCAGGGUAAUGACUCCAGUUUAUGCCGAACCAUACACAGAGGCCAAGGCAAAGCAGCGUCAUUUAGGCUGUUGGAUGGGCUGUGAGCAUUUGUGCAUCCAUUCAGAAUGGCAAAAUAAAAACAAGCUUUAUUUAAAGUAGACUCCAAUAAAGAUGUACAGUGAAAAAGUGUUUGCCCCAUACCUGUUUUUGUUUUUUGUAUGUCACACUUAAUUGUUUCAGAACAACAAGAAUAAUUUGUAUAUUAUUCAAAGACGCUGUCAAUGAACCCACGAGUAAUAUUUUAAAUGACAAGUUUCUUUUAUUAUAGAUAAAA